UUCAGGAAGUUAUUCAAAAUCUUUAUCAAAAUGAAAGUUAUUCAAAACCCUUAAUUCCCAUAAGAAUUUUAGGUGGGAACUAAUGGCCAACUGCAUAAAGGACACACAUCGAAAAGAUGAUCAUUGUGAGUCCUCCAUUAAAUUUCCUUAGAGCAACAUUCCCUGGGAAUUGUACUAGCAGCUGCCCCAGCUCUUAUCCCUCUGUCUCAAAAGAAGCAGAUCUCCCUGAUAGCUGAUGAAGUCCUGGGAGAAACACAGAGGCAAGAUGCCAAGAUGGGCGCUGAGAACUUCACUUCAGAAACAAGAUUCAUCCUCUUGGGACUCACCUCUCAUCGAAAAGAACAAAUUCUGGUCUUUGCAGUCUUCCUAACAAUCUACCUGCUCACAAUUUUGGGUAACCUGCUAAUCAUCCUAUUGGUACACACCGAUGCUCAACUGCACACACCUAUGUACUUCUUUCUCAGCCAUCUUGCAGGGCUAGAUAUUGUGUAUGUCACUACCACUUUGCCUCAGACUUUAGCCCAUCUCCUGGCUGGAAAAGGUAUGCUUUCCUUGACAUGUUGCAUUUUACAGGGAGGCAGUGCUCUGAGCUUGGGUAGUACUGAAUGUUUGCUAUUGGGUGUCAUGGCUUAUGAUCGCUACUUGGCCAUCUGCAACCCCUUGAGAUAUGCCUCUUCCAUGGACAGAAAGCACCAACAUCUGCUUGCCAUCUCCUGCUGGAUCAUAGGUGGCCUUUUCUCCACGGUCAAUGUUGUUUUCAUCCUUCAUCAUUCCUUCUGUGGUCCCAAUCACAUUAACCACUUUUUCUGUGAGCUGCGUUUUUUGCUAGAUCUUGCAUGUGAUGAUAUCAAAGUCACCAAAGCCAUUUUCAAUAGUCUCUCAGCAUUUAUUGUUCUGGUUCCCUUUUGGGUGAUCUUGUGCUCCUAUAGUUGCAUCCUGUAUUCGAUUUGUCAAAUGCGGUCAGCUGCAAGGUGGCAGAAAGCUUUCUCCACCUGUGGUUCCCACCUGGUUUUGGUCACCUUGUUCUAUGGUACCAUCAUGUUUAUAUAUAUAAUCCCCCAAUCAAGCUCAUCUCCUGAUAGGAACAAAAACGUUGCGGUUAUGUACCUUGUGGUCACUCCCCUGCUUAACCCCAUCAUUUACACUUUGAGGAAUAAGGAUGUCCACAGGGCUGUGAUCAAGGUGUUGAAAAGAAGGAACUUUGAAGAAAAACCAUGAAGAUUCUUAUCCUGUGGAAUUCAUAACUUUUGACUCAAAACCUCUUCCUUAAAGUCACUAUCAAUAUGUCACUAGAAUGAUCCAGCUGUUCAUUUGUGAGAAGUUUGUGAAACAUCAGAUUAUCAAUUGACUGGGAUACAAUUUAA